AUGGAGAGCCAAACAAAUGAAAACAAAGAAUCCAAAAUUCUAUCACCGUGCAGCAGUGGAAGAAGCAGUGCAAGUUCACCCGAAUUCGAGUUCUGGAUGGUUCGAAAUCCGUCUAUUCCUCAACCUUAUCUCAUCUCCGCAGAUGAACUCUUCGUAAAUGGCGUUCUCCGUCCUCUCCAUCUCCUAAACAACAAACAACCUGAAAAGAGCCCACAAACCGAGCAGAACCCACCCGCAUCAGAACCUUCGGUACCCGACACAGAGUCAGAGCCUGAGCCUAGCCCUCUUGUAACAUCCUACCCGACUCCUGCCUUAUCAGCUUCGAAACGGUGGAGGGAUAUUUUCAAGAAAGAAAAAGGAAAGAGCGGUGCCAAAAAUCAACAAGACAAGGAUAAGGAGAAAGAUAAGAAGAAAGAAUUCAAAGAAAAGAAGAGUCAGAGUCAAAGCGGAGAGAGUCAAGCUGAGUUGAACAUAAAUAUCUGGCCUUUUUCAAGGAGUAGAUCCGCAGGUACCAGCGCGUCCCGACCCAGAAUGACCGCCUCGACGGCGGGUGCCCGUAAAGUGAGUAGCGCUCCAUGUACCCGUAGCAACUCAGCCGGUGAAUCGAAGUCGAGAAAAUGGCCGAGCAGUCCCAGUAGGGCAGGGGUUCACUUGGGGAGAAGCAGCCCGGUUUGGCAGGUUCGUCGUAGUGGUUCCGAUGUUAAGAGUUUCAAUGCCUUGGCCCGGACCGCUGACAAGGGUAGCGGUAAAAAGGAAGUAACUGAAGCUCGUCGCUAUAAAACCGGUAACGGUAGCAUCAAUAAUUGUGCCAAUGUGAACGUGCCAAUGUGCAUCGGGUAUAAGCGUCAUUUGAAUUGUAGAAUCGACGAUAAUAGUGCCGCAGUUGGCGGCAGCGAUGUUAAUGGUAGAAGCAGCGGAUCUAACCUUAGAAGUGGUAAUAACUUUUUUAAUUUGCGUAAUCUCUUUACUAAAAAGGUUUAUUAA